CGACGCAUGAUGCCGUCGCGGAGAAUUGUGGGUAGUUUACAUGGCAGCGCCCAGUGGAGUCGUGUUGAAUUCACACAACAUCCAUUGGUGUAAAUUAACUUAACAUGUGGAAUCUAAUACGUAAACUGCAAAAGAACAGAACGGCGAAAUAUGGCAUCCCGAUGCUCCUGCUGGUCGUAGGAGGGUCGUUUGGAUUAAGAGAAUUCACACAGAUUCGUUAUGAUGCACAGAAGAUGCGAAGGAAGCUGGACCCUGCACUGGAAGCACGAAUAAACCCUCAAAAGCAGAGCGUCAUACUUCAGGAAGAGUAUGAGAAACUGAAGGAAUUGAAUUUGGAGGGAUGGAAGAACAUCCGUGGCCCACGACCCUGGGAAGAUUCUAAAGAGUACCAGGAACAGCAGCGAGCACAAGUCGGUAAAGGCACAUAAAACUACAAAAUGUCUCCCACUACUGGCGUGGAAGUGUAAUGCGUUCAUGAAACCUGUGUCUUGCAUCUGUGCGCUGUAUGAUAAAUUAGCACUAUAAAAUAUUAUAUCUGGCCAGAAACUUUGUUAGAUUCUCUCUGUGACUGGCUGACACAAUAACCAUAUUAUGUUGUUUGGAGAUGAACUUCAUAUUAUAGAUUUUGUAUGUGUGGCAUCUUUUUUUCAAUGACUCCUGUGCAGCUGUACAUUUUUGUUAGUUCAAAUUCACAAUAAUGGAUGACACUUCAAAUUGACCCUGAAACUGCCACAAAAACAAAGUUUGGGCUUUUAUUAUAUUUGGCUAUUUGGGGUUUCAUUUCAGAAACUGUAUAGCCGAUAGACAGUAUGAUGUGUGCACAUCAUAGAUCAUUAUGAACAGUUAUGAGCCAAUAUGUGGGCCAGGCUGAUUAAUCAGUCAAUAUUAGGCUAUUUUUAGUUUGCGCACUUGGCCGGCUCAAAGAAAUGGGGUUUUGCUCAUGUAACACUUCAAAGAUCUACUGACAUCUUUGUUAGUGGAUAAUACACAUUUAGUCUUCAUAUGUGUUUUGAGCAGAUAUUGUUCAAUUCAUUUUAGGAAUUUUGUGUAGAUCUCAUUGGCAAACAUGAACCUUGAAGUUUUUAUACACAUUUGCAUUAUAUAGUUUAGUGUUAAUAAUUGGAAAUCAUCCACCAAUUAUGCAUACCCUAAAGUACUGUAUGAAUAUGCUUUAAAUGACGUAUAAAUACGAAAUGUAAUUUAAAUGUGUGUGUAAUAUUUUUAAAAUAUUAAAUACUUUCUCUUAACUUCAA